AUGUCGUGGUCAGGCCCCAAUCAUUCUGAGAAGCCUCCUAUUCAGGGUGAGCAACAGCUCUACCCUCCCCCACCAACUGAGCAGCAACAGCACCAGCCUCAGCCCGGUUUCAGCGAGAAGCCUUCCGGAACCAGCGAGCUUCCGGGCCAGAGCCAGCAGGGCCAGUAUUUCCCUCCGCCGCCUCCCGGUCCUCCUCCGGCAAACCAGCCUCAGUUCACUCACGCGCCUCAAUCUCAACAACCGCAAUACGCUGCUCCUCCCCAGCAGCAACAAUAUGCACCGCCGCCUCAGGGUCACCAGCAGCAGCAGCAGCAAUACGCACAGCCACCCCUGGGCCAGCACACAAACGACAAUCCCCUCCCAGACUAUAACCCAGCCCAGUUCGGCGCCGGUCACCACUACCCUCCUUCCGGUGCCGGUCACGCCGAUCCCGCCGCCGGACAGGCUGCUGCCGCCUUUGCUUCGACAGAAACCACACAGCCCCAGAAGCAGCACCGGGGAUGGAGUGAGCGUCUGACGCAAAUCGGCAUGAAGGCCGCCGUGCCCAUCAACGCUCUGGCCAACAAGAUGGGUUCUCAGAGCUUCCUGCCCACCACCAUGGACAAGGAAUGCGAAAAGGCCGCCAAGAUUCUGAAGAGCUUCUGCAAGGAGGGCAUUACAUCUGAUAUCCCGCCCCAGCCCCAGCAUUCCGAGAAGCUCGAGCCUGGAAAGCCUGCCGAUGGCCAUGGCUCACGACCCGCGAGCCCAGGCAAGGAGAAGGUGAAGAAGGAGCAAAAGGCCAUUGUCAAGAUCCCCAGCAAGGUCAUCAACAAGGCUGUCGGCCUGGCAAUCUUCACCACCGCCAGAGUAGGCUUCCAGUUUUCUGGUGCCACCGGCUCUGGUAUCCUCAUUGCUCGUCUUCCCGACGGCUCUUGGAGUCCCCCCUCCGGCAUCCAGGUGCACGCCCUCGGUGCCGGUUUCAUGAUCGGCGUCGACAUUUACGACUGUGUCUGCGUCAUCAACAGCCGCGAGGCUCUGGGCGCCUUCAUGAGCACCCGCGUUAGCUUGGGUCCCGACGUUGCCGUUGUCGCCGGCCCUUACGGUGCCGGUGGUGUCUUGGACAUGGGUGCCUCAUUCGGUGGAAAGAAGCCCGAGGACCAAAAGACGGCCGAGCAAGCUGCCGCCGCCGGCGACGUCAAACCCGCCGACGACGGCAAGCUGAAGCCCGACGACAAGCAACACAAGCGCAGGAGCAGCAGCAGCUCCCUCAAGCCCGUCUUCUCCUACGUCAAGUCGCGCGGUUUCUACGCUGGUGUCCAGGUCGACGGCACCGUCGUCACGGAGCGCAAGGACGCCAACGCCGCCUUUUACGGACAAAAGGUCUCGGUCGAGCAGAUCGUCAGGGGCCAAGUUCCUCCUCAGGGCCCCGCUGGUAUGUGGCCGGCAGGCGCUCACACGCUCUACGACGCCCUCCGGGUCGCAGAGGCGCAACAGCCACUUCCCGACGCGAACCUGCCUCCCCCAGCCCCCGUUCCGGCCUCUGGCCCAGUGCCUGGACAGGUCCCUGGCGGCCACGGAGCCGCCCCUCCUCAGCAACCCCACUAUGGAGGACAUCCCGACGGAAGCGGGCUCCCCGGCUACAGCCAACAACCUCAAUACUCCUCCUACCACGAGGGCGGCCCGCUGGGAUCCCACCCACCCCAGGGCGGCCCAACUGCCUCUGGAGCCCUAGGUGGGGAGCAGCUCCCCGGAUACGUGGACGACGGUGUGCCGAGGCCCGGCGUGGGAGACCACAAGGGAACCUACCAGUAA